UGCUGCCCGAUAACACGGAGCAUGGAAAACAACACAGCCGCUGAGACCUUCACCAUCACGCCACGUUUUAUUCUAACCAGAGGAUUUCUGAACUUUUACUCACCAUUCGCUUCUGCGUUUUUUCUGAUAAAUAAAAUGUUUGAUUAACACCUUUUUGCGCACACGUUUGGCCCCUGCUGUAAAUGUGACCUGCGUUAAAAAAAAAGUCGUCUCACACUCGCUGCGAUGCUCUCAACGAAGCAGAAAGAGCUCAUUGCAGAAAUAUGGGGAGGACUGACUCCUGUGGCAGAAGAUAUUGGAGCAGACGCGCUUCUUAGGAUGUUUGCCUCUUAUCCCGGUACCAAGACCUACUUUUCCCAUCUCGACAUCAACCCUCGCUCCGCUCACCUGCUCUCUCACGGGAAGAAGAUUGUUCUGGCCAUAGCAAAGGGAGCCAAAGACAUCAGCCAGCUGACCGUCACGCUGGCUCCUCUGCAAACCCUGCACGCCUACCAGCUCCGGAUAGACCCGACCAACUUCAAGCUCUUCUCACACUGUAUGCUCGUCACCCUGGCCUGUCACAUGGGGGACGACUUCACACCGGUUGCACACGCGGCAAUGGACAAGUACCUGUCAGCUUUCGCAGCCGUACUUGCCGAGAAGUACAGAUGAGACCCCAGCCACGUAUAUGAACCAUUUAUGAUGCAAUAUGAUAUGAAAUAUUUAUUUAUGUGUAGUUAAAAAUGUGUAGCACAAUAAAAUGUGCAAUUAACACCUUUUCCUGUUGUGUUGUAUUACCAUAUAAAGUCUCAUAGGACAUUUAUUAGAAAUGAUGUACUGCUGCCCAUUUUCAAAGCAUACGAUAAAUAAAGUGUCUUCUCAAAGCGGCCAUUUUGACAUGUCAUUGCAGGGUAAACAGGUGUAAUUGAUGACAUCAAUUGUGGCCCUGUUCCAUUUAUGUGGCCCUGGUGUUGCACAUGUUGGCUGACUGGAGUGACUGUGACACAAAUUAGAAUGGUACCAUAUUUAAUUUGAUCAAUUACACCUGUGCUUAUCCUGCUAUGACAUAUCAAAAUGUCUGCUGUGACAAAGGUCUGACACUUGUAAUCAUGAAAGCACUUGCAAAAUUCCGAAAUAAUACAAAAAUUAUAAAAAUGAAAUGAAUUAUUUUGAGUCUAGUUUUUAUUUAUUUAUUUACUGCUCCACACUAAGUGGUUUGUCAACUUGUAUCAUUUCAUAAAGAGGUCAUUCUUUACCUUCAGGUUAUUUUAUAAGUAGUAAAUCUCUUGUUGUCUCUGCUGUCGGAAUGUGGAGGCCCAGUUUGGUGGAUAAGUCACACUCUGUCUGUGUACCUUAUCAAUUACUUUUUACAAUCAGUUCAGUAGUUUACUCAUUUAAUAUUACCACCAUCCAGAUGAAGAAAGUUGCUAUACAAUAGAGCGAGGAGUCACUUGGUAGCAGUAGUAAGUCAUUCCCCUUAGCUCCCCAACCUCCUGCACCCCAACAUCUGCUCCCACCACCCCCGGCUCCUGUGCCUCGGUCUCCAGCCACAGCAGCCUGGCAUCAGGGUCUUCAUCAGAGAACUGGAGCAGAGACCCUGAGCUCCGCAACACCUUCAAACCCUGAUUGGCCUUCCAUUUCCCUUCCUUAGACCUCAACAAGGCGUCUGCGGUGCCCUUAUCAACUAUAAGAUCCACACGAACUCAAGCCGAGAGGAAAGAUUGUGAGGUUGAAUGGCUUUGGUUUGGACGUGUUCCUGCAUUAGUCGCACAGCUAUGGGGGAAAUGUCUGCGCAAGUGACCCGGACCGGGAGAGGAGAGUGUCUGUAAAUACAGGGCCCUAAAGCAGAAGUGCCACAGCCCAUAUCCAGGACUUGGAGCAAACCGUUUGGGUGUGGCUUGGUCUGCAAUAGAGGGGCAUAAUGACGUCCCGGACAGCAUCGAAGCCAAAGAACCACUCAAAGUGUUUGUGCUGCUGCUGCUCUCAGUGUAGAAGCGGUCCCAGGUUGCUCUCUUAUCCAUGUUUUCAAUCAGUUAAGCUAGGCAGAAACACAGAUGGGAUUAUGUCACAUGAGUUAGUGAGUGAACAUUAGCAGUAAAACACAGAUACAACUUGCCUUAAUGACUCCUGUCAUAUUUGGAGGGACUUUAUGCUGAAGUAAAUUUAAAAUCUAUCAAUUGAAUGUGUCAAAUAUCUUUUCUUUUAAUAUAUGACUUAAGACCUUUUCUUGGGUCCUUAGAAGCCACUAAGCUCGGCAUGAAGACAAUCUACCAAGCUGACAAACUCAAAUGACUCACAUUGCUCAUUCAAAUAAAAAAGCAACAUACACUCAACAGUCCUGCAUUGAAUCCUCCCUUUGUGUACUUUAUAGUGCUCAGUUCAUCUUUAAACUGUUAAAUAGAUGUGUUGAUGUAUCCAGGCUGUGUUAUAUUAGAGUGCAUUAGCUUGGUAUCGCUAACAAGUUUGCAACCGAGUGUGACGUUAUUGCACAACAAAGUGCUACUUUAUGGUCAGCUUCUGUAGCUAACAUAUCGGUGACAAUUAGCUAAGACAUCAGUGCGCACACCUGCAACUCACUUUAACUUUUCUUUCUUACUUACUGUUGGAGCCAUAAUGUGGUUUUGUUGUUUUAUUUUGUCUUUGAGG